GUUUGACAGACAACAGAAGAAAGGACUUCCGGUUUUGUAUUAUUAUUAUUAGUACAGUAUACAGGACGCAUGGCUGCUGAACUCUGGAACAGGGUUAACAUCCCCUUUCCUUGUGCUAUUUCUUGUGUCCGUAUACAUUUCCGCUCAAACAUAGAUACAAACAUCAAGACCUUGUUGGUGGAAAACGAGAAAGUUCUCAGGCUGAUUGGGAGUGAGAUCCUCCAGACGGAGAUACGAGUUCUCUAUGAGCUUCUGUAUGUCCUGAAUAACAGUUUUAGAGGCAACAAGACGUUCAAAGGUUUACAGCAGGUGGAACAAUGCAUAAACAGGCUGAAGAAGAUGAAUCUCGAUGUUGCUCUAAAGGAGCUGAGAGAGCUGUGUCCCAAUAAAAUUCAAAGAAAACUUGGCGUCAAAGUUGGUGAGUGUGAUGUUCCCAGUCAACCCAGGCUGGAGUGGCUCUGCCUCAAAGUACUGGGAGCUGCCAAGCUGAUGAGCCGCACAUUGAGCCGCUGCAGCAGAGCUUUCUCACUCUCAAAACAGCAGAUGAAAUGGGAAGAGUUUGUGGUCUUGAAUGUUGUGAUAAGCAGCAUGCUGAGUCGUCUCUGGGUGAUGUUCCGGGGGGUUCUGUGUUGCCUGUCCGCUCUGUAUCAGCAGCUCCUGGGGCUCCUGAAAGAAGUAGCCAAAGCCCAGCCCAUGCCCUUCCUCACAGACUUCACACUGCCUGUAGAUGUGGCUCUCUUCCUGGGUUCCUCGGAUGCUGCUUUACUGGCUAAGCGAUCAACACAUGACGCCAAAGUCAAAGAGCGGAAGAAGAAAAUGUCUUCUGUUUUAUUCAAGAACCAGGGACAGACAAAGAAGGUUAAAGAAGACUUGGGAGAGGCUGUUGAAAGAGGUUCAGUCCUUGACACUGACAUGAAGUCUUUUCUCAAGGUUUAUAGUAACUACACAAAGGGCGAGUCCUCUGGACAAAAAACACAAAAAGCGGAAAGGAAACAGAAGUUCAAGAAACAGGUGAGAGAGGCGACCACCUUCACAGACAUGGAGAAGUGUCUAGAAGAAAUGACCCAGUGGUGCGAAUCCCAAAGGAUGAAAAAGGAAAAAUUCCUCUUAAGCUUCCUGAAUUUAAAAUGCCACAGGAUGAAAUGCCUGGAGGCAGCAGGCUACAAUGUGCAGAAAAGGUUCAAGACCUUCAGAAAGGAAGCUUGCUGGGCUUCUUCACCUCAAGGUUCAGUGCCAAAGUCCUGUUGCUCUUCUGCUGCGAUGAGGAGAGGCCCUCGCCUGAGAACUCCUUUUCAUUUCCUAAGGAGUCGACUGAAGUCUGCAGCUGUAAGAACUGGUAUGAAAACAAAAUGCUCCAAGAGGAAAGGAGAAAGGACUGAGCUACCAGAGUCUGGACUUUCAGGAGACAAUCUUAAGAGCAGGACAGCAUAUGAGCAGAUAGCUCAUACCAAAGAACCAGACCACAAUGAUGACAUAGAUGAUAUAUUUGCCGCUGUUGGUUUAUGAGACUUUUGAAUUUGCCACGUUCAAAGAAAUAAAUCCUAGUAGCUGCUGAAGUCAUUAUACAACUCAUUGGUCUGGUCUGCAAAGGAUAGUUGGAUUGAAUGUGUAAUGCAAACUGAUA